AUGGAUAAUCAAGGUCGUUCGAAUGAACAACUUGCACCGACGCGAGCUUUAACGGAACAAGAACCACAGGAAAAAAAACACAAGAAAAAAUGUCGUGGUAAUCGAAAAGCACAACGUCAACGCCGGCGUCUAAAACGCCGACAAGCUAUCGUUGCAGCUACUAAUAUGAAUUUACCUGAUCAACAUCAAAUUUAUUUUCAUCAAGGACAACAAUAG